AUGAACAAGUUUUCCCCAGUGGAAGCCGUGGAGCUCUGCUAUGAGAGUGUGAACAAAUCCUGCAUUAAAACCCUCUAUUCACCAGGGCCGGCCAUCCUCUAUGCAGUCCUUGGUUUGGGGGCUGUGCUGGCUGUGUUUGGAAACUUACUAGUCAUUGUUGUUAUCUUUCACUUCAAACAGUUGCACACACCAACAAACUUUCUGGUGGUGUCCCUGGUCUGUUCUGACUUCUUGGUGGGAGUGAUUGUGAUGCCCUUCAGCACAGUGAGGUCUGUGGAGAGCCACUGGUACUUUGGGGAGAAUUUCUGUAAGUUCCACGCUUUGGACGCCUCCUUCUUUUUCCUGUCUCUAUUUCAUUUGUGCUGCAUCUCCAUUGAUAGAUACACUGCAGUUACUGAUCCAUUGACCUAUCCGACCAAGUUCACUGUGUUGGUUUCAGGACUAUGCAUUGCUCUCAUUUGAUUCUGUUCUGUGGCAUACAGCUUUUCUAUCUUUUGUAAUGGAGCCAAUGAAGAAGGGAUUGAGGAAUUGGUUGUUGCUCUGACUUGUGUGGGAGGCUGUCAGGCGCCAUUGAAUCAACAGUGGGUUUUACUGUUUUCUUUAUUCUUCCUGCCCACUGUUGCCAUGGUGUUUAUACACAGUAAGAUAUUUUUGGUGGCUAAGUACCAGGCUAGGAAGAUAGAAAGCACAGCCAACCAAGCUCAGCCCUCCUCAGAGAGCUAUAAGGAAAGAGUAGCCAAAAGAGAGAAGGCUGUCGAAAUUUUGGGGAUUGCCAUGGCUGUGUUUCUGGUGUCUUGGCUGCCAUACAUUAUUGAUACAGUGAUAGAUGCAUGUAUGAAUGUCAUAAAGCCCCCAUAUGUCUAUGAAAUAUUAGUGUGGUGUGUUUAUUGCAAUUCAACCAUGAACCCUUUGAUAUAUGCUUUUUUUUUUAAUUCCUGGUUUCAGAAGGCAAUAAAACUUAUUGUGAGUGGCAGAAUCCUAAGGAGUGAUUCAUCAACAACUAAUUUAUUCUCUGAAAAAGCAGAUGUAGGUUAA